GAGGGCUCCCGCCCCGCCCUCCGCGGGCGGCCCCGGACGGGGCGGCGCCGCCCGAGCGCUCGGGAGCCGGGGCCGGGGCUGGGACCGGGACCCGGGCAGCGGCGGAGAGAGGUUAUCUGGAGCAUUUAACCAGGCUCACCUCCUAACUUGCUGUUUACACUGGAGAGGCGUAUUGACAUGAAAACGAUGGCAGCCAUCAGGAAGAAGCUGGUUAUCGUGGGAGAUGGUGCCUGUGGAAAGACGUGUCUGCUGAUCGUAUUCAGCAAGGACCAGUUCCCCGAGGUCUACGUACCAACUGUGUUCGAGAACUACAUUGCCGACAUAGAGGUAGACGGGAAGCAGGUGGAGCUGGCCCUGUGGGACACGGCGGGACAGGAGGACUAUGACAGGCUGCGGCCCCUCUCGUACCCGGACACGGACGUUAUCCUCAUGUGCUUUUCUAUUGACAGCCCGGAUAGUCUCGAGAACAUCCCUGAGAAGUGGACGCCGGAGGUGAAGCAUUUCUGCCCCAACGUGCCCAUCAUCCUGGUGGGGAACAAGAAGGACCUGCGGAACGACGAGCACACGCGGCGGGAGCUGGCGAAGAUGAAGCAGGAGCCGGUGAAACCAGAAGAGGGGAGGGACAUGGCCAACAGGAUCAAUGCCUUCGGCUACCUCGAGUGCUCGGCCAAGACAAAGGAGGGUGUGCGGGAGGUCUUCGAGAUGGCCACCCGCGCAGGCCUGCAGGUCCGGAAGAACAAGAAGCGCAGAGGCUGCCCGCUGCUGUGAGCAGCCCGGUGGGUCAGGAGGCAGCUGCCUGCGCCGGCUCCCGGCUGCCCUGCGCCGCACGGGGAGGGAGCGCUGGUAGGCGGCCGAAGCGGGACCUCGUGGUGCCAGUACCUGCCCUGAACCCUCUGCAUGAGAGCUGCCACCCAAGCCCGUGGGGUGUCCCUGCGUGACCCCAGGGCUGUGAGGCACCAGUGCCUUCGGUCCCCGCUGCUCUCUGAGCUGGGCAUUCACGUAGCUCUCUGUCACCCCCUUUUUUUACCAGUAUCCCUGGUUUUGCCUCUCCCGUGGGGGUUGCCGCGGUGUUCGUUCUCCCUCUCCAGCUCCGGGCAGGUGCCACAGAAGCAGGAGGUGCUGCACACCAGCAUUUUAUACAGACAUGCCCAGGGCCGCUUUCAGCCCUGUCUGUGUGCAGAGCUGGGCUCAGCCGCCUCCCCAUGGAGCCGGCUGCUCCUGGGACCCGUGCUGGGGCAGCGUCUCUGCCCAGCUCUGCCAGUAACGCCUUCUUCGAGUCUGCAUUGGUCAUGGACUUAGCACCAGUAAACUGAACUGCGUAAUUGGGAGAAUAAAUGCAAACUGGUAUUUCAGUAAUUGUA